GCGAACUAUAAUCUUAAGCAUGUUAUUGAGAUGAGUAAUGGUGGAGUUAUCCUUUCACAAUCUUUGAAAGGUCCAUGAAAUAGAAUCUGUUGGGACUAUAGUAUUACUUCAGCACAACUUAUCAUGAAGAAAAUUAUGAUUAUUGUUUCAUUUUUAAUAGAUUUGAACUUGGCAUCAUUUAUUUUCUUUUAUUUUUUGGGGCAAACAAUUAGUUCAUUAUCCUACAUAUUUCAUGUUUUUCUGCAAUAAACAGUUUAAAGAACAUCCCUGCAUGGUGGGGAGUAUGUGUUUGAUUAAACGCAUGCAUUCUAGAUAUCUAGAUGGCUUGAAAAGCUUGAUUUAUUGGUCUCCAAGAACAAGUACUUAAUUUUCUAUCUCGAAGUAUUGAUGGUAUUGGCCACCAACUAAAGUUAGAUUCGCAUUCUCUAGGAAAUUGGAUCAGUCAAAUCAAAUUACACUAAAUAACUUCAUAUAUUUUCUGACAUGUAAAUUGCUCACCGGUUCAUUUUAUUAGCAGAGACUGCUACUUCAAUAUAUAUUGUGCUACAAUGUUUACACUGGCUCAUAUUUCUUGUACAAGUGCAGGUUUUCUCCCACAUGGCCUUGUUGUGUAGUUAAUUUUUUUCACCUGCAUUGUCUUUUGGCAAUCACAUGCUUUUUUCACCUUGUCGAGAAUCCACACUCCUAUGAUUUUCAGAAGCAAGCCGUAGUUAUCACACUAACAAUUAGCCAUGGGUGUCGGUUGCCAAAAUAUUAUAUUGCUUGUGUCAGGAGCAAAGUUGAAUUUCCAUCUCAAAAAAUACAAUAGUAUGAUGCCUCCACAGUUUAGAAACAGAGAACUAAGAAUUUAAAUGGCAUAUGUCUGCUAUAUUUUGCAGUACUUCAAUUCUUGUUGUCUAUAAGUGUAAAUUUUCCAUCAUUAUCAAUUUUUUGAAAUACAAAAUUCACUUGCUUUAGUAGGUCAAAAUAUUGAAUUAAUCCAACAUAUCGAUCCCUUUAAAAAUUUAUAUUUUCAACAUCUGAUCAACCAUUUAGGUAUUGCUUUUUCUUGUUUUGGCAUGUUAUUUUAGUUAUUUUUAGUAAUUAUUGAAAAGCUACCACAAAUUGUGAAAUUCACACGUUCUUGAAGGCUCUCAUUUUAAGUCUAAGAAAUUGUGUCUUUCAGUAAACGAAAUCAGAACUUUCUAUUGAACAAAAAGUUGCCUUCAGCCAAUACAGAUCGAGAAGCCCUAGAUUUUUACUUCCCGAAACUAUGGGAGGGUCUGAAAGAAAUUCCAAGUCUUCCAGUGACCUUAAUGUCAGCUUUGGUUAUCAGUGCAAUGCCCACCAAUAUACUUCUGCUGAAGUCAAACAUGAAUCUGAGCAUUCUACAACAAUUCAAAUUCAAGAUUCCAAAAUCCAAUUCCGGAGCAGUUCAUUUUCUUGUUUGUCUGGUGCUGCUCUUAGUGCAAAUGCCACAUUGGCAAACACAAAUAUAUGUAAUGGCCUUAUUGGAGAGGAAAUCUUGCCUGGAUUGGAUUCACCAACAUCAUUCAGAAGGAUGACAUCUUCCUCUUCUAUUUCAAGGUUGGACCUUCUGUCAUCAUCUUCACAAAGUAGCAUGUCCACAUUAAGCGGCACUGUAUCAACUGACAGUGAUGUAUUCGAGAGCAGUAGAAACUUUUGGAACUCCAUGAGUGCUCCUACUGGGGUUGAAUCUUCAAGUUUUCUUAAUGCUGUGGACGUACAAACAGCUGGAGGUGCAGCAGGUGAAGAUCGUGUUCAAGCUGUAUGUUCUGAAGAAAAUGGAUGGCUAUUUUGUGGAGUGUAUGAUGGAUUUAAUGGAAGAGAUGCUGCUGAUUUUCUGGCUGGAACUUUGUAUGAAAACAUAAGGUUUUAUUUAUAUUUGCUAGAAUGUCAAAUUAAGCAACAAGGAGGAUCCAGUGGUUUAUAUGAACAAAAGUAUCUGCAGUGUUCGUCAAGUCAUAACACCAUGAAGAGUGAGCUAUCUUUGGCUAUAAAGGCUUCAGAUAUUGAAAACAAGUCAGGCUUAUCCACUAAUUUUUCAUAUGAAGAUUUCUCAAGCAAAUCUUUCAGUCUUGGUGUAUUGGAUUGUCUUGUUCGUGCUCUUGCUCAAGCUGAGAGUGAUUUCAUUUAUAUGGUGGAACAAGAAAUGCUAGAUCGACCUGAUUUAGUUUCUGUUGGAUCUUCUGUACUUGUUGUGCUUCUUCAUGGGAUGGAUUUAUAUGUUCUAAAUUUAGGAGACAGCAGAGCAGUCCUGGCUACUGAUAAUUCUUCUGUAAAUGGAACAUUAGAAGCCAUUCAACUAACAGAAAUUCACACAAUUGAUAAUGAGGCAGAGUGUAAGAAGGUUUUGGCCGAUCAUCCUGAUGAUCCUUCACCUGUCAUCGGUGGGAAAGUAAAAGGAAAGCUAAAGCUAACUCGUGCAUUGGGUGUCGGCUACUUGAAAAAGGGUAAACUGAAUGAUGCAUUGAUGGGCAUUCUUCGAGUUGGUAAUUUAUGUAGCCCUCCAUAUGUUUACACUCAUCCAUUCACUAUCAGCCAUAAAGUGUCAGAGAAUGACUUAUUUGUCAUAUUGGGAAGUGAUGGACUAUUUGAUUUUUUCACUAAUGAUGAAGUUGUGAAUAUGGUUCAUUGGUUUGUCCAAGACAGUCCAUCUGGUGAUCCUGCAAAAUAUUUAAUUGAACAGCUUGUGCUUAAAGCAGCAAAAUGUGCAGGUUUUACCACUGAAGAAUUGAUGAGUGUUCCUGCUGGGAGGAGGAGAAAAUAUCAUGAUGAUGUGACCGUCAUUGUGAUCAUUCUUGGAAAUAAACAACGAACUUCAACAGCGUCAACAUUAUUGUAGGUUGGUCUGUCACAGUCAGCUGUACCAUGCAUUUAUUUAGAAAUGAUUACCAAAACAUCUGAAGGACCGCAAAUAAAUGGUUUUUCUGGGUCUCGGUAACUAUGGUUGAUGUAAUAAAUAGUGUGUAAAUUCGAGGCAAUGAUGCUCAAAUAUGUUUUCCAAUCAGGCUAUAAAUAGUUUCUGUAUAGAGAUUUAUUUUAUUCAAUAUGAACUCAUUCUUUCAUUAUUUUCUUAUAAA